UGGACAGAGUGGUUUAGUAGAGAUUCACCUAGUUAUUCCGGUGACCAUGAAAAUAUUUACGAUCUCUCACAAACGUAUCCGAAUAAAGUAUGCAGCAACCCUACAGAAAUCGAUGCACGAAUGAAGGGUAAUCAAAAUGGUUUAGUGGGUGAUAUGGUCAUUUAUACGCUAUCCCUUGGUUUUAAAUGCAUCAACAGACACCAGUUUGAUGGUCAAUGCAAUGACUAUGAAGUGAGGUUUUGUUGUUAA